UUUUGCGCCCGGAGGAAGUUGGCCAUGGAGCAGCCCCGGGCGCGCCUGGAGGAGGCGGCGGAGACGGGGCAGGAGCUCUCCGGGGAGGCCCCGGGGCCCGAGGACGCGCUGGCCAAGAGCCCCCUGCAGCUGACCCCCGAGGACGUGUACGACAUCUCGUCCGCGGUGGGCCGCGAGCUGGCGGCGCUGGGCGGCGGCCAGGACCCGCGCGUGGCGCGGCUGCAGUUCACCAUCGUGCGCGUCCUGGAGCUGCUGGAGACGCUGGUGAGCGAGGCGGGAGUGGCGGCCGAGGAGCUGCGGCUCGAGCGGGACAGCCUGCGCCACGAGCUCGAGGGGCUGCGGCGCGCCGCCGGCGCACAGGACGGCCUGGGACCAGACAAGAUGGUGGUGGACCUGGCCGACCCCAACCGGCCGCGCUUCACCCUGCAGGAGCUUCGGGAGGUGCUGCAGGAGCGUAACAAGCUCAAGUCGCAGCUGCUGCUUGCCCAGGAAGAGCUGCAGUGCUAUAGAAGUGGCCUGAUUUCAGCGCGAGAAGGUGCAGGAGGAAGAAAAGAAAAAGACGGUGUCGUUGCCCAGCCUGGCAGUGCCAGUGGGAGGAAGCCGGAAACCGUCAUCAGGAAGCUGUUCUUUUUCCGGUCCGGGAAGCAAACAUAGACCUAAAGCCAUGGCCAUGACAGCAGCUACUCCUCAAACUCAAGAAGAUAAGCUGUCGGCUUCUGCAACUUUCUGUCAGUGCCUCAGACACACUGUGCUGCGCCUAGCUGUCCUGUCCUCAAGCGGCAGGGGUGGAUCAGUAGCUGUGGAGCUGCAGAGCUGGGCAGCCUCAGAGCUUGGCCAGGCUGGACUGGGGAGUAUCUCAAGUCUCCUGAAGCAAAAGGAACCUCCUUGAGGCACCUGAUGUUCUGCCCGGGGGAGAAGGCCCUGGGCUCAAAUCAGCACCAGGAGAGGAUUCAGGACAGCGGGGCCAGGCAGGGCAGGCAAAGCACUUCCAUGCUUCAGGAAGAUUAGUUCGGUUUCAAGACGUGACUUCCUGAACUUGGUUUUGUAUUAAAGUAAAAUGACUUUAAACUCCUGUUGACUCUGAAUAAAGAUGGCACAUCCGGAUUACAGGCACACCUGGUUGACAGUCUGACAGGCGCUGCCAUUUAACUCCCUCUGCUUAGAAACACAGAG